UUUGUUGUAAUCUUGAAAAAGUUUUCAUGCGUGAAGUUGAACGACUGGAUCAUUUGGACCAUUGGCUACAAGUGAACAAACCAACUAAAUAUUGACAAAACCAAAUAUCUUACUUUUAAAUUGAAAAAUAAAUUCUUGCCAGGAAACCUGAAGUAAACAGGUCUUGCAAAAUGCAACAUCAACAAAAUUUUUAGGAAUUUAGUUUCGUGAAAACUUAACCUGGUUCGUUCAUAUUAAAGUUACUUGCAAAGAUCUUUGAAAAGCGACUGAGAUAAUGGACAUGAUCCAUCUUAUAUCUUACAUCUUAUAUCCAUCCAUAUCUUAUAUACUCUCCUUCACUCUUGCUUACACAGUUGGUUACUUAUGUGGGGAACCACUUCUAAAACUAAUCUUGCACUAGUACUGGUAAGGCUCCAGAAAAGAGCCACACGGUCCAUUUGUAACUUUCCAUUCCUUGAGCAUGCAGCACCAUACUUUGUCAAAUUUGGCAUAGAAGUUCACUUCCAGUACAGGCUUGCUGUUAAAGCUUUUCAACUAAGACUGAUGAGCCGCCAACACUUCGACACCACUUAAUAUCCCAAAGAAACCGCCUAUAGUCUGAGGCGAAGUAAAAUUGUCACCCCGCCGCGCACAUACGAACUACAGUACUCAGAUAUUAGCGUUGCAAAUUUCUUCUUUAUUAAACAAAACCUAUUUAAUACUUCAUGAUUUAGCCUCUGAUUUGUCUCCUUCUGCCUUUAAAAGAGUACUAAUGGUGCAUUUGGUUGAAUGUCUUAAGUAUGCCCGAGGUACAAUUACGAUUGUUUAUCGUACAUUUAUUUUUCCUUUUUUAUUUAUGCUUGUCAUUGGUGCAACAUUUGAAAUCUAUGUGAAGCAGUAUUUGCACUUGUAUAUUAUUAUUUUUUCUUUUUUUCCCCCCUUUUCAAUUGUAUUGUACCUUGCUGUUGUCCGCUACAUUCCCCCUAAAGGUGUUCUGCAUCUCAUUGCAUUCCGCAUCUGUUUAAGGGCGCUGCGGCCCAGUCAGGCAGACUGUUGCCUUUGGCCACAUUCCCCGAGACUGCUGUAUAUUAUCCGUACUGUGCGUCUCAAAAUGCUUAGUGAAUAAAUAAAUAAAAAGGCUAUGGUGGCACCUAAGGGCAAUUCUUAUGACGUGUAAAUGCAAGAACAUUACUUGUCACUGAGCUUGUCGCUGAGUUACGUCGCCGAGUUUAGUGCUGCUGCGAGUUGUUUGCGAGUCUAACGUUGCUACUCGUGAGGUCCCAACAACGCAAGACAACAGACCGGCCAUAUUUGCAACCUCUCAGCCGAGUUUUAUCAGUGGAGCUCUUUUUUUUUUUUUCCAGACAGACCCCAACUGCUUGCACAGCCUCGUAGAUAUUCACCACUGUCGCCUGUUGAAACGGUGGCGCAGUGAAAUAGUGACGCAGUGAUAAGUCCGCUCGGUUGCGGAGCGGUAGCAGUGGCGGUGGGGCAUAGAAUUGAAUCCUCACCGUGCCCACUUUUUGUUGUUAGGUGAAGAUGGCCUAAUUUGUGUGGUGUUUUUCUGUCACAGCUUUCUGAUGACAGCGGGGUCAAACAAGGAGCCGAGUAAUGCUCUCGCAUUAAUGCCAAAAGUCUGGCGGAAAAUCUGCUUCAGUUGAAACACUAAUAGGCAUCACGAGUAGGUUUGCAUGAUGAAUUUGUAUUCAACAUCUCAACGUUUUCUGUCUCUGCAGGUACUGUUACAGUGGGCUUCGAAAGAAGUGUGAAAUGAAAUCGCCUACGCUGCCAGACCUGUCAGCAAGCGAGGACUCGCUGACCAAGGAGUGUCCACAGGACGGGUCGGAAGAAGAGCGGGAGGAGCUGAGUCAGGCCUCGUGGCUGCUGGUACGCGAGUGGGCCGAGAAGGUACUCUCACACAAGUUCCCCACCGUGCGCCACCUCGCACGGCACCUGGUGGACAGCACGUUUGUGGAUGCCUGCUCAGUGGCCGCUGUCACUGUUCUCUCGGCCAAGGCCCUCUCCAACGACAAAGGAAGCCAAGCCAGCAGCACGCCUCGAACCCCCGGCAAACGGCGAGAGGCGCAGCAGCAGCUGCAGCGCAAGCUCCAAGAGAAGAAGAGGCUGGGCGACCAGAAGCGCAAGCUCACCGAGCAGCGCUCCCACUCGGCCCAGUCUUCACAGUGCAGCACGCCGACCGAAGGCCGUUCCUCCCAGCAGAGACGGACGCUGGCUGCCACACCACAGGGCAAACGGGACCAGGCCUCACCGUCCCUGGUCUCCUCCGAAGGAGAUGUGGCACGGAGGCUGAAGGAAGAGCCCGCAGAACUCAAGUUGCAAACCUCUGCCACGCCAGGGAACAACAUCAUAUUUGUCCCCACCGUGCAGAGCCUGCAGCUUGGCUCUCAGGACACUACGGGCACCGGCGCCAUGGUCGCCACGGCUCCGGGUUGCAAGUACAAGAAGAUCCAGCCCAAGCCAGCCACAUGCCGGAGUACGGCAGUGGUCGUGCACUUCAGCCGAGAAGGCGGCCUCACCACGCCCACGGCUGAGGUGGUUUCCUCGUCGCAGUCGCCUGUCGUCGUCUGUGCGGACCCGGUCGCGGAGGGCGCCGGAUCGUCAUGCGGCAGCAAGCUCAGCAGCAUAGCCUCACAGACUGUGCUCCAGGUGCCCAGGGAUCGAGUGAACAGUAGUUCAGACUGGGACGCCAAGCCCAGCACCGAGGUUUCGGCGGGAACCAUGAAGAGGCACUCGGAGGACGGAGAGGCUCUGCUCUGCAAGAGACGACACACUGAUGAUGGCACCGGGACGCUCAAGUUGGAAUCAGCCAGCCUGGACCUUCUGGUACCUACCCAAGGGUCAGUCAAGGAGGAAAUGUGCGUGGGCCACCUGGAGAAAGAAGCACUGAACGAGUAUUAUGGCAACACCUCAUAUGACACCUCAGUUCUGGAGAGGCUUGCUUCCAAGGACGAACUCUCGCAAGGGACAAUGAGUAAUGAAGUUACUGCACAGGCAGUGAGUGAGGUGACCAAGGCCCACUGCGCAGAGCAUAAAACUGCCCAGCUUUCUCAGUUGCGAAUGCUGCUGGAGAGGAACCUCCCUAGCUCGUACCAGCGCAAAGACGUCACUAAACUGCUGAACACUGGUAAGCAGAGCGCAGGCUUAGAGUGCGGUAUAGACCCCGCGCUUCUCUUGGGGCAGUUGGAUAAUCUGAAGAAUGGAACAACGCUCAAGCAGGUCACUGUGCCUCAGAAUAGUGCGUCCUCGUCGACGGUCCACUGGAAAACAAGUGCCUGGACAAACUUAGUCUCCAAAAGCGCCGGACUGCAGCAACAGGACGACCUUAGUGCCAUUUCACUCGACGGACUCGUGAAAUUGAAAGACCCUGUUGCAGACGUGGGACACCUUGUGUGUGAUCCGAGCAUCCAGGCAUCAUUGGACCAAGUUAUGAUUGGGGCCAGCCAUGUGUCCAUUGCGCCUGUUCCUUGCAGCCCCAACAGCCGGGGACGCUUCUUCACGCCCAUCUCGCCUCAGACGACUCCCCACCCCGACAGCCUCCUGCCUUCCCUCUCUUCCCCUGUGAUGGCCACCAGCACAGAUAUGGUAUCGGUGGCGGUGGGUACAUCCUCACAGCCACCAAGUGCCACGAGCAGCCCAUUCGUUUCACCGAGAGGCACGCCCGUUCCAUGGACAAGGUCACGGCACAGUUCCGGCCAGAGUGGCUACAGCGGCACACCUCGACAGACACCCUUCCAGGCAGUGGAUUCGGGUGUAUCGUCAGUGUCUGGCUCGCCCUUUGUUUCACCACAGAGCACCCCGGUGACGGCCGGUCGCGUGCGUCACACUGCCACCUACAACCCUGGCAAGGCAGUCACGUUCACCAAUGGCUACAACACGGUGCUCCCAGGGCGUGCCCGCCACAGUUCAGGCCCAGGUGGCCCACCCUCCCAGCUUGUGUCGCCACGCAGUGCUCCACUCUCCCCCAUGGUGGGAGAGAGUGCCACGCAGACCUCGGGCUUCUCAUUUCCGGCUGUUGGCGAGACACCCACGUUGCUGCGUUCGCGCCACAACUCCGCAUCAAGCGUGCCACCGCCUUCUCCUCAGUCAGCCCCUCUGUCGCCACUGGUGUCGUGCCCACCUCCAGCUCCCUCGCUCAAUGACUGCAGCAGCCUGGUGCCCAGUGACACUGACUCGGGCAUGGGCCAACCGCCAUCGAGCCCCAGCUGGAUCGCUGGCCUCAAGGAGAGCAUCACCAACACCCCACUGCUUUGGCCAUCGACCUCGACAUCUGCAAGGCAGCGCCAUGCUUCGGGACCCGUCCUGCCCCAGCGACUGAGCAUGACCGGCAGUGACCCCCUGGCACACGAGAUACAGGAGUACUUCAAGAACGCCACGCUGGCCAGUGGUGCACCUUCGGCCAAUCGCAGCCGCUCAGUGCCUGUGCACCAAAUGCUGCUGCUCCAGGAGGAAAUGGAGCCUCACAGUUCGAGCGGCGCGGUCGACAGCUUCUCCAAGUCCUAUCCGGCCACGCCGAGCAUGGGUCAGUGCUUCAACUUUCCCCAGCAAUCGGCCUCAGCUGCUGACCCAUUGACCUACACCGGCACCGAGACAUUGGCCCAGCAGGACGACGUCUUCUUGGCAUCGGACUGGAAUAGCAACCUGGAGAAUGAGCCAGCCAUGAAGUUUGAGGACAAUGACGACUUUGAUGCCGAGCUGCAGUCUACCCUAGAAGACCUCAAGGACUGUGAUGAGUUCUCGAAGUUUGCUAAGGAGUUGGACUUCACUGCUGAGAACGAGGAUGACGAGAUGACCUGAGUGGGCAGUGAGGUACCUUCUUUUUAAGAGCUGAGCCUCCCACAGGGCAGUUGAUGCCACUAGCAGCCACUGCAUCUUUUUUGCUAAGAAUUCUUGUACACCAGAGGUUGACAGGUGUGUGAUCUUUUGUUGGCCGUGACCAUAGAGUUUCUCAGUACAAUACUAGCUAGGCCAGGAUGAGCGUCACCUCAAAUGUUAAUCUUGCUUUUCAAGGCUGUCCCUUUGCAGCAUUCUACUGUCAUCUGGAUGGCAAUCAUUUAUGAAACUUGGCUCCACCUGGUGGAUUUCCACAGAGCUUAUUUAAACUACCUAGAGGGAAAUCUGGCAUCACUGUCUAUGCGAGUUUCUGAAAGGGCACUGUGAAACCAAGGGUAUGCCGGGAUAGGAAAGGUAUGGCUUGUUUUGAACGUGGCUCGGACCAAAACAGUCAUUACUGUGCUAACAAAGCCUGCUUGAAUUCUUGCCCCAAAUCUUGCUUCUCUCUUCUACAUGAUGCAGUAACGUUUUCUCACGUACAUUUAAAGAGAGGAAGACAGAAGCAUACAUUCUUGAAACUGGCACACAUUCAGUGCUACCUUCUCGUCUUUCCUUAAAAUUCAAUUUGCCAGUGGUAGGGUUCACAUUCAACAUAACUGUACGUUCUGGUGUGAGUGGUCAUGCUUUAAGGACAAUUAUAUUGAUGAUACUACAACAAUAGCCUCUUGUAUGUGGUUUUAGUGGAGACUGAAAGAACUGUUGUAACAGGGGCCAUGGCUGCUGCUCAGACACAUUUUCAGGGUGUCUUAGCUUUCUGUAAACAAUGUUAAUCCGAAGGCCCUACUUCCGUGUGUUCUCAUGGAAACAGCAGCACUGCAUCGCCGUUUUUCCCUCUUAGGUAACGGUAAGAAACUCUAUGGCUGCGACCUUCAUAGCUUGUGGACCGAGCUGUGGCAGGUGACGAUGGGGUCCCAACUGUGGCCUGAUGGUUAAAGGUACAGUGAAGGCAGGAUCAAGCUAGGUUGUUAGAUUAGCCUUCUAGAAACCUUGAACAUUCGUUUCGCACCAGGAAGUGACUUAGUUGCAGGAAAGAUUGAGAAAGAAAGAGCCGCACACCUCCUUCUGCUGUUUAAACCAUCCGCAAUGAAUAAGGCCCAUUAGGCAGCUGCAGCAGCAGUCUUGGAGGUAAUGCCACUGCUGCCUACUCCUAGUUGGGAGCCCGCAGAUAAGGAGGCUUCACAGUCCUGUAUAAAAACACUUUCGCGGAUAAAUGCCAGUCUGAGCAACUUGUACAUCAAAGGCGUAGCUAAAAGGGAGUUCUGACACCCUUCAGCAGUCUUAUCAGGGUCUGUUUUGCCACUGCUGGAAAUCUACCCAAGCCUUUUAAAAUGCUUCACUACAUGCAAACUUUGUACUUCUAUAUUCCCGGUUAUAUCAAACAUAUGUUCCUGCAUGCUUCACUGACUCUACCUGCCCCGGCAUGUGGCCAAGCGCAUAGCUCAUCACCGACGAUGGCACCACCGCCAAAGCAGCACUGUGAGGCGGGUGGGAUGUAAAAAUGCUUGUGUUUCAGGAUCAAAUUGCAGAACCUGGGUAGUCAAAAUUAAUCUGGAAUCUCUCCCCAGAAUGUCCCUCGCAGUCCGUGUGUUUUUUGGGACGUUAAACACCAUAAUUUGAUUUUUGAGGCGAUCAUUUUCAAUCCUGUUCUAUGUUGGUGCCAGUUUCCUGCUUAUGAAAAUUUGAUUACCUGUAAAAGGAAAAAAAAAAAACAUGCUUUUGGCACCUCGGGGCCUCACCUGUUGCUAACCUGUGAGAGAUCAGCUAUGGAUUAGUGAUUUUGAAACUAAUCGGUCACUCUGGCUUUAAUCUUGAGUUUCACCUAGAAGUGGCCUUCAGUGUCCCUUUACAACACGGAAUAGCAAUGAACGAGUCCGAGCUUCAUCAGCGCCUGUCACCUCGGUAAUUGAGUUGCCGUGAGAAUGAUCGAGGAAGCGAAGUUUCGGUUUUACGGUCACUUUCAACGAAAACAAAACUGGUGGCUGUCAGUGGCAUAUGUUCCAACCUGCGAGUUCCUCAGCUUGAUCAUUUCCCCGUUUUAAUUACUCUUUUUUUUUUUCCUCACUCUUGAAGCACUGUUGUUUUAUCGCAGUUGUGUUAUAUUGUGAUGGAAGGCAAAGCAGACGGAAGUGCUUGCAGAAGGCUCCUGUUGAGUAGGCAGAAAACGUCGCCUGUUUGUAAUAUAUAUAUAUUGUACGUGUGUAUCUUCAUUUUUUUGAGGGCGCACAGAUUUUAAAAGAGAGUAGCUUUUGACCUCUUUCUUUUUUUUUUAUCUUCUCUUUUACAAAGCUGAUAUGUUAGUGUUUGUACUUUUGACCCCGGUACUAUAGUAAUCCCACCUUUGCCGUUUGUUUAUGUUCAGAGCUCCCUCACCUUAUUGUAGUGUUCUCUUUGUUCACUAGCAUGGGUGACCAAGUUGAUGUUUGGCGUGUCGUUUCAGAGGUGUAAAAAACUCUCUAGUAGUCUGUAGAAGGUUGGUCACGAUGGUACGAGUGGUGCGUUGGGUUUGGCGAUGGCAGAAGCAGAAGUGAAGUCCCCUGCCACGUGCUUAGUAUGUGCAUGGGAUGUUGUAGUAGAAUGUUUUACGCAUUAGCGGAAAUGGUUCUUAUGGCAUUAGGAUGUGCUCCUUGUCACCCAAAACGAUCGGUAGUUUGAAUUGAUAAGCUUUAUUUACACCUUCGCGAUUGAUAACCUGUAUGUGGGGUACGGAAAACUAGCAUGAGAAGAAAUAUUAGUAGCAAUGAAAUGUUUGUGGAUCACAUGUGCCAAUGGAACAAGAUUUGUGGGAUGUUGUGCUGACUUCUGCCCAGAGAAUAGUAGUCAGGUUGACUGGCUGGCUUUCACAUCAAAGAACCUUGUCCAAGUCAGAAGAGCCAUCACAUAUGAGGUUUCAUUAAGUGAGAGCCUUUUCUUUAAUUCCCAGUAAAGUGGAUGAAAAAUUUUACAGAAAAAGUAUGGUAGUAUAGAAAAGCUUUUGCUGCAUCUGUCAGCUACAUUUCUUGCAUGAUCACCACAGCAGGGAACAAGGUUUUUUGAAGUCCCUGGGUCGCUUUGGAAUACAUUAGAGUUAGUCAUUCAGUCAUAGGACUUUUGGGAAAUGCUAACGAAACAGUUUUACCAGUCAUAUUUAGCCUUUCUGUGUUAUUUUUACUGGACCAAUUUUGUUCUUUAGUCACCAAGUACAAUAUUUCAGGGUUGUCUCUUGGCUGCGGCGAGUGCAUUCUGAUGAGGGCGAAACACAAAGUCCUGCCCGUCUAUUUAGGUUUAGGUGCAUAUUAAAGAAUCCCAUGUGGUUGUAAUUAAUCCAUGUCCCCCACUACAGCAUCUCUCACUACAACAUACUUUGAGUAUUUUGCUAGAAUUGUGGCAGGGAGUUGACAUUUGUGGACGUGCUGAAGUUUACUGAAAAGGCAAAGUUGUUAAUCUGUUAUGCUACUGUAUGUUCUUAACAGUGCCAUGAAUGCAAGAAAUGUGUCAAAACUAAAUUUUUUAUAGAAUAAUGUGGAACCUUAGAAGGAUUGUUUUUAGAGGGCGAAAAGCAGCUCAAGGUUAAUUCACAGCUAACGUCUGAACUUAGUGACAAAAGUAAUUCCAUGCACAUAAAUCUUGUUCCCUUGACACAAGUAUAAUGUUAUGGUGAUGCAGUUGGCACUUUCGUAAAUUUCUCUGAGAAAGUGGAGAAAGGAUAUCUUCUGCAUCUUUUAAGGGUUCCUUUUUUUCUUCAGUAGUUGACAUUGCCUUGGAAUGCAGUGCAAGCGGGAUUAUGAACAGACUUUCAUACCUUUCAGAUGACAAAGUUGCCGUGCAUUGUUUGGCCAGAAGACUGGACAAUAGGUCAUAUUCACACCAUUAGAAGUGGUAACCACUCUUGUUGUUUGGAAAAAGUGUGUGAGCGUGCGGAAGAGGGCAGCGUGUCUCUGCCACUGCCGUCAAUGCACUUGAUAAGAUGAGCCUGUAUUUUUGAAGGCACCAGACAAGUGAGGCAAACAUGCACAGGCUUCUCUCUAUGGAAAGCAUAUGUAAUUUUAUUACGCACUACACUUAACAUGCCAAUAGGGAAAUAGAGUUUUCUGACCCUAGUUGAUCCAUUCGCUGAAACACUGAGGGCAUAAGUUGUGUCAAAUUUUGGUAGUACUUUGUGUUAUGUCAUGUGAAGUGAACGCCACUUCGUCAUGGGAUGACAUAGCGCAACCUGGCUGGCUAAUUAGUUGCUCAUAAACGUACAGGUACAACGCACUCAGGACCAAGUGGACGAAAAUGGUAAUUUGGGCAAAUCGCUAGAGAUCCAUUACUUCCAAGCAGCUUGAUAAAAAGGAAAAGCAGUCGACGAAACCAGGAAAGGCAAAAUCACGAUAUGAGCGGACACCACAAAACUCUCCAACGUCUCAUUUAUUAAAGAAAAUAUGCUGGCAUAAUAUGAUGUAUAAAUUAGGGAAACAGGUAUAGAUGUUUGUUUCAGCUUACCUGUUGUCUCAUCAGUACCCAAAUUUUGCAUAUUGAUGGUGAACUUUGGCUAAUGGUUCAGGCGCAGUGAUUGCCUGUUUUGCCCUGAAGAAACCAGAAUUGUGCAUCUGCAGUAAUGCUGGAAGAAAAGGGACAUAUUUUCAUUGCGUAGUGCCGUCUGUCACUGAUCAGAGACACUUAUGCUGUGUGUUGCCAUGACAGUAACAGACGGUACCAGCGUUCUUUUUUUUUUUUUUUUUUCCCCACUGAGGUGAUUACAUCUUCAGUCCCACAUUGCGGAAGCGAGUUUCAUACCAGCUGCAGGGGCCACAUUACAGUGGGAGUGUAAUGCAAUAAAUACUUGUGUACUUAUAUUUAGGUUUUAUUUAGACUUUAUUUAGAUUUUAACCUGCAACAACAACAAUGGGAAGAGAAAUGUGUGGAGAUGGACGGUCAACUCACGACGCGUUGCACGUGGCAGAUACUGCGGUACCUGAUUGAUCCCACCAACUCCAAGACCACACACAUGCAAGGCAUAUACAAGAUCAUACACGCUUAUGGGGGAACGGAGCAACAAUUCCUACGGGACGUAGAACGCCUUUACAUAUCCCAAAUGCCACCGCAAAUAUAUCCGGACUACUCGGGAGAAAGCAACGCCACCCUAGACGUGGAAUUCUCCGUUGCCGAAAUCCAGGCAGCCCUCUUGAAAUUCAACACCAAGUCGGCCCCUGGCCUCAAUCGAAUAUCCAAUAAGGCACUACGCAAUUAUGAUUACGGAUCGAUCGAGAAACUCACAAAAUACAUUAACGAGUGUUCGGCGCACAGCAAGCUACCCCAGCAAUGGAAAGAAGCAAAGAUCAUACUGAUACCGAAACCCAGAAAGAAACUACAGCUGGAGAACCUGCACCUCAUUUCCCUCACGUCUUGCGUGGGCAAGUUGAUGGAGCACGCGUUUCUCAAUAGACUCGCGGAUUACCUCGAGGACAACGAAUUAUUUCCACACACCAUGAUUGGGUUCAGAAGACAUCUCUCCAUGCAAGACGCCCUUCUGCAACUCGGGCUGGACCAUCCUCGGGCUGGACCUGAAGAAGGCCUUCGAUAACGUUCGCCACAAUGCCAUAUUGCGACAAAUAGACAAGCUAAAUCUCGGACUGCGAACGUACAACUACGUCCAAGACUUCCUCACGGGAAGAACCGCUCGCAUGCGAGUGGGACAACUAGAGUCAGAUCAAAUCAACAUCGGGAGCUCGGGCACCCCCCAGGGCUCAGUGAUCUCGCCGAUGCUCUUCAAUCUCGUGCUGCUGGGGUUACCUGACCAAUUUCUUCAAAUUGAAGGACUGCAUCACACGCUAUAUGCGGAUGAUAUUACGAUCUGGACGACAAUAGGCAGUGACAGAGCGAUCAAGCAACGUUUACAGCAGGCCAUCCAAUGCGUGGAAAACUAUCUCGUGGGCACGGGACUUGCCUGCUCGGCCGAAAAAUACGUACUGCUGCUAUAUAGACCGGUCAGAAAGGGGCGCCCACCUAAAGGCUACAACCCCCCGGAAAAGGAAGAUAUCCACUUAAUAGCAUCAAACGGCCUACCCAUCCCGAUGGUAGAUAAAAUCCGGGUAUUAGGAAUGGUGAUCGAACACAAGGGAGUCAGUGGCGAAGCACUUCGCAAGAUAACGGCAAAGGCCACCAGCACGAUGCAGCUCAUUCGACGCAUCACCAACAAACACGCGGGCAUGCGCGAAGGCAGCGUCAUCUGACUCAUACAAGCCUUCAUCAUUUCUCAAAUAAAGUACACGACAGCGUUUCACAACUGGACUGUAGCGGAAAGAAACAAGCUCAACGCCCUCAUACGCAAAGCGUACAAAUGUGCGUUGGGACUUGCGCCCAGAGUCAGCACCACCAAGCUCUUAGAACUAGGCCUACACAAUACGCUCGAGGAACUCGUGGAGGCGCAACAACUGUCCCAACUCGAGCGCCUAUCCAAGACCCGCCCGGGUAGACACGUGCUCGAAAAGCUCGGCAUCACGUACCACGCGCAGCACGGCAUCAAAGUGGAAAUUCCUAGAACCAUACGCGAGCAAUUAUACGUACCCCCAUUGCCUCGCAACGUGCACCCCCAACACCACACGGGGAGACGUAAAGCCAGGGCACAACACACGAACCAAAGUUACUCCUACAACAAAGAGGCGGUCUUCGCCGACGCAGCCCGUUAUCGAGACAGAAAGAGUUUCGUGGCGGCAGUUACUAGCCACCGAGGCAACCACCUCACGAGCGUCACCGUGAACACGGCACAUGCCGAAGUGGCAGAGGAAGCGGCCAUAGCACUGGCCCUCACACAAACCAAAGCGACAUACGUUAUCUGCGAUUCGCAAAUGGCAAUUCGCAAUUUUGCGAAUGGGCGCAUCUCGCAAGAGGCGUAUCACAUACUUCAGCGACAUCCCAUACACCAGGGAGAGGCCGACUUCAAUAACCGAAGGCAUUUGCUAUGGAUCCCGGCACACACUGGAUUAAGCACCCCCAACGAAGCGGCUCACCGCGUUGCUCGAUUCCUUGCUCACCGAGCAUCAUCGGAGGAAGAGCCCCCGUGGGGUACUGCAAACGUCUGGGCGUGGGAGGAUCGUUUGACCAGGUUCCACGACAUCACAACACACUACCAGUUACAAAGGCGCAUAUACCCAUUCCCUCAUGCUAGGUUAGACAGGAUGCAAGCAGUACACUUCAGACAAUUACAAACAGAUUCUUACAGAAACCCUAGACUCAUGCACGCCAUAUAUCCGGACAUGUACACUACAAACAGAUGCACAUCGUGUGGCGAGGUUGCCACACUUAAUCACAUGUUAUGGGAAUGUCAGCACUUAACAAACAAGUUGGGCAGUGCCGACCCCUCCGUCUUUUCCACCGCCAGCCUCCGCUUGCACUGAAAGACCGCACUGCGCAGCUCGAACCUGACAGCACAACUCUGGGCCGUCCAGCGAGCCGAGGAAGCAGCUUCGAGACAAGGUCUCGGAACCGCGUCCGCGGCGGGUGCCCAGACCCACUAAAAAGACGCCGGACUCGAAUCUUAUUGAUUUGAAAAUAAAGUUUACGCUCUUGCUUAUAUUUAGAUGAGCAUUAAAGAACUCCAUGUAGUCGAUAUUACUCUGGAGUGCCCCACCGUGGCAUGCCUCAUGAUCAUAUUGUGGUUUUGGCAUGUAAAACCCAAAAUUUCUUUACUUCCACAUUGUGAGUGGCACAUAAUUGUGAGUUAUACCAAACGAAACAGGCAAAUGUGCAUGGUAUUUAAGCAUCGUAUUAAGUGGACCAUAAAAUGCCACCUCUGUCCAAAAUUUGGGUACUAUGAGUCCAUGUUUAUAUGACAGUUAAAAUACACAUACAGUUAAAACUCGAUCUAACGAAACCCGAUUUUACGAAGUUCCUGAUCUAACGAAAAAAUUUCGUUUCCCCGGCAGGUACCCAUAGGGUUCAAUGUUGUCAUCAACACUAAUUAUCGAAACUAACUUGGCCGAGCUCGAUUUAACUAAGUUUUUCCUGAAAUAAAUUAGUAAAAAAAGCUAUGAUUUCCUUCUAAUUUUGACAAAGAUGGGUUUUUCUUCGAGCAUGCACUCUCAAGCUAAUGCGUUAGAACAUCUAGGUGCCCUAGUCACAGCCCUAGCUUUAUUUUGACGAGGCUGCACGUUGCGCUCAUGCACGGAACUGCAGACUCAACAUCGCCUCGGGAGGGGCGGCAGUAGCUUUCGUUAUUUCAUGGUUUAUGCGACAGAUGGCUGGAUUAGAAUCAAAUACGAUGCUGCAGUAGCUUUUGCGUGUCGCUACAUUACGAUUCUAGAUUUCGAAGGACCGGAAAACUUUUUAUCCAUUUUACAAACUUCCCGAUUUAACUAAAUAAUUCGAGCGUGGUCAUCACUUCAUUAAAUCGAGUUUCAACUGUAUACUCUUAACAAGAAUAUGAUGGUAGUGUCUGUAAAAAUGCAUAGAAAAGAGCGAAAUAAAGAUUGCCUGAUUAAGUCCCAUUCAGCUAUCGUACAGCAAGGAAUCGAUGUGCCUUGGUCAUCUACUUCCCGAGUGCGUUGCUCCUGUACGUAACCAUACAACAGAACUGGUGCUUUUAACUAAGCCUACAAGGCAUGUGCACAUGAGAUUGUUUUGUUUUGCACGCCUUGCAACACGCAUUGGGUGCCCCCCUUAGCAGAUGUGCUCAAGUUUAUUGGUCUCAAUCGGUAGCAUUUUACCAGGUGUACCUGAUCACGCAAUGCUUGGCUAGUUGGUUUGUAUUGCACCGAUGAACGAUUAAUAAGCACGAAUGAAGAUUAUGACGUAGGUAGAAAAAGAAAUGGCUGCAGUGGUUCAGUCACUAUGGCAUUCUGUUCUGAGGUCAUUGGUUAGAUUGCUGGCCUUGGCUGCCGCAUUCUGCUUGUGGUGGAAGGCAAAAACGCUUAUGUACCAUGCUUUGGGUACAUAACACGUUUAAAGGCCAACUGAAGUGUAAUUUCACUGUGGCUAAAUUGGUAAUAAAGGAGUAGUACAUACAUAAGCUAUUAAAGCAACCUCUACAAAGCUAUAGGGCUGGUAAUUGCCAAAUAAUCUCAUAAGCGGCCUUUUAAUAAUGCCUCAGCAGAUGAUGCAUGCACUUGGUAGUCAGUGGAUACAAUGCAAGUUCCAGUACAUCGCCUUAGGGAAUUUUGAGUGGGCAACCGCAGGCUGUGAGCUCAUGUCAAGGAUUCAUGUAAUCUGAGAUGUGCGUGACUUCUGGCGAGCGGUAAUAGGGGUGUCCUUUAUGUUUUCAGUUUUGGCAUCAGAAAUGCAAACUUUUUCAAGCAUUUCAUGAGGCAUCUACUCAUUUUUCAAACGUAAAAUUUCAUGUGCAGGCUGUUUUUUAUCUACACUAUCUGCCCCAAAAUUUUGUUGCAGUUGGUCUUUAAAAACCCUGUGUGGUUAAAAAUUGUCGAGUUCUGCACUAAAGCUUCUCUCAAGGCCCCUCUGUCAGUUUGGGUUGUUAAACAUGAGCAGUCAACAUGGAUUAAAACAAGGGAGCAGGACGAGUUUCUGCCUAUGUCCUCGUGUUCGUUCGUGCACUUUAAUGAUCAGUUCAUAUGUACCCACGUCUCUGUCCAUGUGGCCAAGUUUCCUGUUUUUUUUUGUUUUUUUUUUAAAUAUCGUCCUUGAAAAGAGCACAGACCCAAACCUGCAGCUGUACUACAUGUUUGGCUGAAUUUAAAUGUUUAUACUAGCGUUCUCAAGAGUAUUAGGAGAAUGCAGACUGUGGCGAAGAGAAAAAAAUGUGGGGCGGGGGGGAUCUGCUUUUUUAACACUACACGCUGUAAAAAGAAACGUUAGAGAAAAGGCGUUUACCAUAUCGAACAAUUCGGGUGAACUUGUGGACCCCGCACAAUUACAGAAAAUUCCAAUUUCACUACCUGCACUGACCUAAAGAGGUUGUAGAAACUAGCUUUCAGAGCACUUUGGACAUGGCGGCCAGAACAUUUGCCCACAGCUGGCCAUGCCUGCGCAUGACCAUGCACAUUUUUUUUUUUUCCUUCCGAUAAAAUAAAUUUAGUCUAGGAGCACAUGUUGCAUGAUUUUGUAGUUGCUGUUGUAGCAAGUUCCGUCAAUUUGUCGUGUUUGUGUGAGCGUCUGGUUGGCAAUACAGUCGUGUUCAGGCUGACCAGCUUCUUGGAUAAAUUGCAGUGUUGCCAUAUUUUUUUUUUCAGAGAUUCUGCUAAAGCAACUUUCCGAUAACUGCUGUACGUGUAUCUUGCAAACCUGCUUAAGAUCCAGUAAGGAGAAUUUCAAAGAAUAAGGACAAUAAUAAACAGACAUUUGGGUAGCACACCUGUCUGUUAUUGAUGGCGAUGCCUUGAAUACUUGCAAGGUACAUCUGAAAUGGAUAAAUUCUUGGGGUGCUACAUUUGUUUCAUGUCACCACAAAGUGCAUAGGAAUGAAGUUAUUUGAACAGAUUCGUUGUAACAUCUGUGCCGUCAAAGACUAGCUCAGCACAGAUUAGUGUUGCUGUGGUUUCCUGCAAAAACACAGAAUUUGUUAAAUGUCUUGCAAAACUACAAAAAAAAAAUUUCAAUCAGUGUCUGCUAAACAAGAAUCCACUGAAAGUAAAUUUUGCCCCUAACCAAGCCCAAGAACCACUAGGCGUAAUACAAAAUCUGUUAAAUAUGGCAACACUCCAAUUUUGCUGAAAGUAUAGUCUGAGAAUUUAAGGAUACAGUGGAAAACGCACCACUGUUCAGUUCAGAGGAUUUGUAUAGCUGCGCCGGCCAAUUACGUUUGCUUGUUUCCAUGGCAUUGCGGCAGAGCCAGGCUUGUUUCAUUUCACUGUCAGCUUCCCUCGGGAACUAUUUCUUGGAGCAUGGUGACACACAGGGCGGGUGGAGUGUGGUUUGAACGCGAUAGCAUUGAGGGCCCCAUGUUGCAGAGGGUGUCGGCAACCAGUGUCAGACAUUGUUUCGGCAAAAAGGUUUUUGAAUCAGACCCAGGCCCUCCAUGUGGCACAAGGAAGCUACUGAACUAACUGAAUUUCUCAAGCUAGAAUGUGCAGAAAAAUCUGUAAAGUAUGGCUUACACACAAGCUACAGACAUGAUAGCAUUGGAUUGUGAUUUGACUAUAGGAGAAAACAAAAUUCUGUUACGCGGAAACUCAAAGAAACCCCUUUUCCAGCAUUCCUACUAUUCAUAGACCGGCCACGGUGUCCACCAUUUUUGCGCACCGGUGCGUGAGUAUCUCGGGUGGGUCACGGCGCGGCACACUCGGUUCUUUGCAAUACCUCCUGGUGGCGCUCACCUCCAUCGCAUUGCAGCUCACGCAAGAGGCCGCGUUUCUACCAGCAAGCCCGCCUUCGUGCAUAGCGUUUGCGGCCAGCGUUUCUUGGUAAAAAUUACGGUUACAUACGCUCCAUUUGUCGGGAAGCGUGAGAAGCAGUCAGGGAUCUUUGAAUGCUAUCGCGUUCCACUCUUAAAGGCGAAGCUUAAGCAUCCUCCAUCUUUUUGUAGGCGGAGCUUGUACUGAAUUCUUAUACUGUCACAGGCUCCUUUUGCUGGAUUCUUUUUUUUUUUUCUCCACCAUUCAUGACCAGCCAAUCCCAGUUAUAAUGUGGGCGGAGCCCCGCUCCCACGAAGGAAGGACAUAACCUACGAAGGAGCAUUACGUCACACAGCCUGCCUUCACUAGCCAACUCUCCGUGAAGCCAUACCCUUUGCCCUUCCCUCACAAGUAGUCAGCCUAACAUGUGGCCGUGUUUGGCGAACUCGGCCCAGGGUGCUUGGUUCCUGGCACACAUAUUUGGGUCCCUUGACAACCGUUCUGUCUAAUAUGCUUGUCCAAUUUCGGUCGUUUAUUGCAAGAUAUGCAUUUGUCAUCUUAGUUUUAACAUGUGAUUGCGGCAGCCACACAUAGCUGUCGUACCUAUUAUUGGCUAUUUGGAAGAGCUUGCAUUGAGCUAUGGCAGGACGGUGGAAGGCGUUGCAGCUUACCACGACAUGAUCGCAUGUUGGGCCGGCCCUCUUGACUUCACUUGUGUUGCGCAGUGCUCGCUCCUGCUCCUUUCCUCCCUUCACGCCCGCCCCAAUCGCUGACCAAGCGUGAAAAGGAAUAACAUUGGUAUAGAAAUAUUACAUCGUCCUGGCUCCAAGAAACUUCUCCCGUGGUCUCAUACCUUGCAGUGUGUUGAUUGAUUUGGCCGGCUGCGAUAAGGUUGGAAGCGUUUUCUCUCCAUAUUUGGUGUCGCAUGGUGCUGAAGGGAUGAGGUGCAAGAGUUCUACGAUGACCACUGUACGAUUUUUAAGGAGACGAGGCAAGAAAAGAGUUACAGCAUUUACGCUAACGUGUGGUACUUGUUGUCAAUUUGGCGUCUUUUAUUCUUACUACUCCUGCUUUACGAAGUCUCUCUGCUUUCUUUUUUUUUUUAAUCUGUUUGGCGUUCCCAGCCCUUGUACAUUUUUCUUUUUACUUUUUCCUGUGGAGAUGAUUGUCGCAUGGCAUUUUAGUUAGCAGUCGUCGAACCGGUUCAAGUCAGCAGUCAGUGGAUUGUGCUGGACAAGGGGGCGUUUGCACAACGUUUUUACAUAGUGCCUGCAAUAAUUUUGUAUAUGUAAAUGCUAGGCUGAUAUGUAUGUAAGAAAAAACUUCUUUUCGUUUUGUUUUGCAAUUGUAGUACAGCUUUUAAUAGCGUGAUCUUAACAAUGUUUCAUUGUUUUGUUUUUCUUCAAGUACCGCAAAGUAUUGUUGCCCGUCAACAUUGCCACUAUGGCGGUGUUAAUAGAGCAGCAAUGCACACAAGAAUGUUGAUAUUGUUUGCACUUUUUUUUUUAUUGCACGCUUUUUGCACAGUGAGUGAUUUUGUGUAUACUAGCGUUGGCAAGAUCAUACACAGUUUCCUGUGAAAUAAAAAGAGAAAACGGAGGGGGUGGCGAAAUCGACAGCUGUACCAUCCUCAGCUGCUUAAAUAAUGUGAAUCCCUGGAGUCUCGUUUAGGGUAAAUUGAGCCACCCAGCGAGAAAACCUGUACAGUUGAGAAAAAAAAUAUUUGUGACACUGGUAGAGAAAUCCAUGUUGUGAAGCUGUACGUGCCGUUCCAGUGUUCAACUCUUGACAAGCAAUGCCCUUUUGCAGAAUGUUGCCUGCUUUCUGUUGCUGUUGUUGUUUUCAGAGGAGGCAUUCACGUCUGGUGUGUUUCACUGUCACCUAUUCAAAAGUGCCAGCAGCACUGAUGCUUAAAAUGAAGGCAGUGCCCAUCUUGUUCAUUUUGCAAGAUUGAUUGGUAACGUGUCCACACUAAAUAGGAUGUAAUCAUACUUUGUUUUGAAAGUGUCAUAUUUGCCAUAGUGAAGACACAGUUUUACUUGAUUACAGGCCUUGUCCUUUUAAGAUAAAAUUUGAAAUCAGUUGGCUCAUGUUCCUGAAUAAACCACUUUUAAUUCAGCA